AUGUCUCUCUUUGGCGGCGGAGAUGAAAGUGGACCGCCCUCACCUAGCCAGGCCAGCGACUUCUCCAUCAGCACUAUCGGCGAAGAUCGAGGACUUACGGCGCAUUCGGAAGGUUCUCCAGACACGGCUGCCGGUCACGACGAUUACAAUGACAAUGACCAUCUUGAAGACGAACCUCACCGGGUCGCGACUGGAGACAUAGAAGAGUUGCAGGACUCAAGAGGCGACAGAAGUCCGUCAGCAUUAUCAGAUGCCAGCGCCGUCGACGUUCGGCCCAAUCGCUUCAGAGGAUCAGACCGCGCCUGGCUACACCACACCCACACCGAUCGCUCUCUUGCCAUCUCGCUCGAUCAGGUCAACGCGAACGAUCUAAGCCAUCACUUGUACAGUGCCCACCACUUGAAGGCUCGCUUGCGCAACCAACAAACUCCAUCGUCAUACAAGCCCUGGAGCAGAAAGAGUCGUUGGCUACCAGACAACCAGGACAUUCAGAAGCCGUGGUAUCCCGAAUCCGACUGGACUGCCUGGCCUCUCCCUCCUGAUGUUGUUCCCAUCGGCAACGAGACUUUUGGUCGUCCCAACGAUGGACUCGAUUCUUACACUCUGCGCAACGCCAACCAGCCUACCCCGGCUGACAGUCUGCGAGAGCAGUUGCAUGCCGUCAUGCUCGCACGAGCACACGACGACUGGAAGUCUAGGAAUCGACAUGUCUCCGAGUCGCACCAUGUCACAACUGCAACCACUACUACUCCUGUUCGCUACUCUCCUGUGAGACGAGGACGAACUCGCUCACUCUCGGCCGGUCCGAGUUCGGCUCCUUCUUCGCCGUCUGUAGGCGACGAUUUACCUCCUCUCUCGUCGCUCGACCAAUCCAUCGUUGAGCAGGAAGAACAGACCCUUGAUGACCCGCGUCCAGACCCAUCCAUCAAAGACGAGGGCGAGAAGAUUGAAGACAAGCACCUUGCGCGUCCGGUCUUUUCUGCCGAUGACGAUCGCUCGCAUGCUCUUCUCGACCCGACCGUCAACCACGUCAUGUCGAAGCUUGAUAGACUCCUCCUUGCCUUGCAUCAGAGUAGACAGGCGCAUGCGCUUCGUGCAAGAGACGGCGAUACCUCAGAUUCUUCUGCAAGAUCAAACUCUCGAUCACGCUCCACGCCCAACAGAUCGUCCAGCAAAACAUCGAACAAACGAGCCAAAAAGCCAGCUCAGCCUCAGACUGCCACGCGAACCAGACACAGCCUCCGCACUGGAACUGCUUCUCGUCCAUCUAGUCCAACAGAUCUUGUGGUUUUCGACGAUUCAGGAGAAGAUGAGACAUAUGAGCCAGAGAAGCCCCGAAGACGCUCGCGAUCUCCUAGCAACAGAGCAUCGUCAACUGAGCCCGAAACCCAAACCACAUCUCCAAGUGGUAAGAAACGACGUAACACUCGCAGACCUGGCCUGAGGGAUUGGAGUGAGGUCUUGGGUAUAGCGAGCUUGAUCGGCUGGGAUCCUGCCGUGAUUGAGCGAGCUCGUCAUCGAUGCCGAGAUCUGUUUGGAGAAGACAUGCAUCUCUACACCAUGCCUGAGAACGAAGAUUCUUCUGCUGACGAAGUUGAGCCUGUUAAUCGUGCUUCAGGUUCUCGCUCCACCCAGUCUGCAAGCUGGCGAUGCCCUCUGGCCAACUGCUUUCGUAACAUGCAACCCCUUGAGCAUGGUUUCCGCUGGCGUGAACAUAUGCGUAAGGCACACAAGUACGAUAACGAUCAGAUUGCGAAGCUGGAGGAACAAUUGGUUCAGUCAGGAGACAUUGCCCCUGUGUUGAAGCGUCAUCGUGCGUUGGCCCACAAUCCUCAAGGAUGGCAGCCACCAGAUCCGCUCAAGUGCCCACACUGUCCUUCCUCCGAAUACGUCUUUCCUAAGGUCAGCCGCUUGAUUGAUCAUAUGAGAAGAAGCCACAAGUACGACCCACGAGUCCAAGAACCACCCGAACGUUUGUCAAACAAGGGUGCUGGUGAUGUCGAAGACGGCUUCUCAGACAAGCCAAGUAGUUCUGACGAAGAUAGCGAUGGCUAUAUGGUUGGUGGUGUACACAACGACGGCUUCUUACAGCCUGUGCUCCGCCAUGCUGGGUCAAGAGGAAAAGAUCUUGAACAAAGGGCAAGGAGAGCCAACACUCGUCGCUCCAAAGCAGAGUUGAAGAAGGUCAAGCGGUGA